AUGUCUGAAGUGUUCACAGGUUUGUUAAAGCUUACCUUCGGUUUAGUAUCGAACAAACUUCGUACUUACGGCGCUGAGAAACUCCAAGAUGGAGGUCUCGCUGAUCAAAAGUUUCGAGGUUUGAUUGUUCGUGAAUUGGACGACAUUAAGUCUAAACUUGAUGCUAUUUCGAGAAAAGAUCUUUCUGCGAGCAUUAGUUGCUUACAGCAAGGUAUCAAUCGUUUGAUCAUGUCUUUUGACGACUCUGCCGGGGGUGGAAACCCCCCUACUUUUGAAAUGCGGUGAGGCACGUUCAGUCGAGGUGAAGCCAGCUCAACAGUCGGUGACUGUAGAAGACGCAGUUGCACUGGCCAAUGCCAUUGGGAAAUUGAAGAUCGUAUCAAUUGAAAGAUAUGAGUUGGCUAAAGAAUCUUUUAAAGAGGCUGGAAAAGAAGCGAGAAGAGCAUUUCAUAAUGCAGCGCUGAGCACAGAGGAGAGAAUUUUAGCGAGUAAAGUACGCAUCGCAAGCGGUAUUCUUGAACAUUUGGACGAUUUGGAACUCGCGGUAAGCGAUUGCUUGCACUGUCUUCAAGAACUAAACGAUAUGCGAGCCACACAAGAAAUAUUUUCUGUGCACGUGAAAGGAGGAGUGAAAUCUGUCUUCAAGAAAGACUCACGGGCGGAAAUCGUGGAAAGCGUAACGAUGAUCAAUUGGAUCUUGGCUGAUUUUAUCUCGAAGUUUACAAAGCAGAGAAUGGCUGUUUUUGAUUGGCCAAUGAUAAAGUGUGGUAAACGAAUUGUCCAUCCAAUUCAUUGCAAGAAAGAGAGUGUACCAAAUCUGAAAGAAAUGAAAAUAACACCACCUUGGGACAUCGUAGUAUUUGAAACGAGCUUGGAUGACGAAAAAUGUGUAUUAAACAAACGAGGAGAUUUCAUUUGUGCUGACGGCAGACGUCUUCUAAAGCUCGACAAAACAACAGGCAAGUUGCAGCCGUACUGUAUUUCUCCUUUAGACGACAACACUGAACAGUCUCAGCCUAACAGUAAAGUCGUUGAUGUAACGAUCGAUGAAGACGACCAAGUGUAUGUUCUGUCGCGUGACGAGGCGUUUGACUUCACGUUGUCAAUCUACAGUGCAGAUGGAAGAAAUACGCAUCAUUGUUCUUUAGAAUUUCUUAAAGGUCAAGAUUAUUUAAUAAUGUACAUUAAUGUGACCAAAGACAAGAAUAUUGUCAUUAGUUGUAUGUUUGAAAGUAUCAUGGUAUAUUUAUAUAACAGCAAAGGAGAACUGAUAAACAGCUUUGACACAGAUUUGAAGGACCGUAUUUUACGUUCCGUAUCUGUUUCUUGCAAUAAUGAAAUAACACUCACGACACAAACGAACAAUGAUUUUUUAAAAGAUUCAAAUGUACUUUACAUCUACACAGAAAACGGACAGUUACAAAGGACUGCUAAAUUUCGUCCAAUUGAAGGUGACGAUACCUAUGACAUGUUAUUUUAUAACCAAGUCGCCAAGAAGUUCAUUGGUGAGGUUUACGACGAGGAUGAUAACAAGACACUGAUAGAAUAUUUGUCUGAUCAAACAGCCGAACGUGAAUGUUCGUAUUUACUGUAUGAUACAAACUUUCCAGAACGUACAGUUUGUUUUGAGAUUGUCCGCUAUUCAACAAAUGAUGCUCUUUGUUGGGUCAGUAAGGAGCAUGUCAUUUUUCUUCAAAAAACUCGGCCGUGAACGUUAACAGAAUGUUUUGUUAAUUUACCGUAAAUCCUCUAUUAAACGCCUCCUUCACAACUAAAAACCGUCGGUGUGUGUACAGUAUUGAUUAGGUUUAUUAAAUAGACUGGAAAUUCGCGUUAAUUUACCGAAUUUCUCUUCCUUCCCGAUUAUUAAUAACCCUCUCUUCCAAUAAGCCUUCUCAAACAUACCUUAAGUCAGUACUUGACGCGAUGAUGAUGUUGAUGAAAUAACAUAGCAUGAUAUAGACUAUAAAUGUAAUACCACAGAAUAGAGACACACAGAAAGUCGACUUCUUGGUUUUGCCUAUGAUCGUGGCGUAACCGUCCAGUGCGCUUAUGAGAGACAUUCACCCCCUGAAAAUAUUCAAGAAUGGCGGACGUUCGGGGGGGGUGAUCCUCCUCUCAUGAGUGUACUGGCUAGGAACGCGAAUCAUGGCGUGAAGAGCGGUUACGCUGGUUUGGCUGAGUAGACCUUCUGUGUGUCUCUAUUCUGUGGUAAUGUUGCACGUAAUUUUGUUAUAGGGGAAUGCGAAAGGCGGAAUGGUUAAAUUAGGUUUAGGAUUCGGGUGAGGGUAACAGGUGAAAAAAUGUCUCGAAAUUUGCAUUCGCAUAGCAUGCAUUCUGUAUACCAUUCCACACGGACAUUCACCGUCUUGUUCUUGAUGCCUUUAUGACACUCUUAAUUAAUGUAAUUAUAUAUAUAUACAUGUACAUAGUUUUUCUUCAAACAUUGUAAAUUCAAAAGAGGCAAAACGACCCCUUAGGAGUCGGGUCAAAUUUGAUCCCAGAACAACUCGUUUGGAGUGGUUUUGACUCUUGAAGUUACAGUGAAGUGCCCACAGUAAUUGGCGUAUGCUAUAUUGUGGUGACCCUGCCACUCAUUUGUGUGGCAAAGUUAAAUAAAUAAAUGUUCUGUAGAAGAAAGUGAGCUAGUUUGAACACUAUAUAUAUAUUCAUUUAGACUUUAUAAUGAUUAAAUUUUAUACAUAUUAUUUUCAAGCUUUUGUUUUGAUAUUUGAGUUUACUGUAUACAGCUAUUUCAAUUAAGGUUGUCCUCGAGCAAAGCGGAAAAGUCAAAUACGAGCGCGAAAGGCUUGCUGAGAUUUGCUAAAAAAUUACCGAUUUUUUUAGCGAUUCCCAGCAGCCUUUCGCGCUGUAUACGACUUUUCCGCUUCGUUUGGGGACAACCUUAAUUGAAAUAGCUGUAUAAUACACCCUUCCGCCGUUCCGGCGCCACUUUGUCUAUAUAUAGAGCCUCGUUUUCGUGUAUGCGACAUUAGUUUAUUAAAGCCCAUCGUCUCAAUCAUGAGAACGAGGCUCUGCAUGUAGCCAAGGUAAGGUACUUUCCGGAAGCGUGUAUUAGCAUGUUAAAAGUGUUAGCCAAAGGGCCUUUAUGACGUUCGGAGUAAAUUUCAAUUUGAUGUUAGCACUACAUAUACACAGCAGAAGUGAGAAGAGCAUUAAUAGUAUUAAGUGUACAAAAUUUAAUUUGGAGGCUAUAUUUUAAAAAUUGUGGCCCUAUAGGCAUCGUUUCUAUUCAAUAACUCCGCUCUGAAUGUCGCAGGCUAACUGAAAUUCCCAAUUUCAUUAAAUUGCCGAGUUUUUUAAUCUUCUGGCUACCACCUUGAUUUAUUCGGCAAGAUUUUCGAUCUGUAAACCCGGAUCUUCGUCAUUGCAAAUAAUUUAUGCCCCGGUCAACCGAGAAUGAGAGUUUAAGAGAGUUGGCAAACGAGAAUUUGAUUGGACCUUCAGCCGAUAAGCUUCCACAUUGUAUCCGAAUUUAUCGUAUUGGUAAAUUGGAGCUUUUGUUAUUGUCUCAUGCCUGAUGUCUAAUGCAUUGCUUUUGAUCAGGUGUCAUCAGUUUGCUGUAUUCUGUGUUGCUCAGAGACGGACUCAAAGUUCCUUCCAAGAUACCUGAACAGUUGAGUGAUGAAAUGGAUGCCAUGGCAACGAAAGGAUUGCGAUUUUUAAAUUUCCUGGCUACAGCUGAUCUCACACUUGUACAGGUAGGGAAAAGAUUAUCAUUUUUUUUAAAUUUAAUAGAAAUCAAAGAAUGAAAUUUAUGUGUAUAUAACGACAUAGUAAUUCUGCAAAUGGUCCGUGAGCCAUUUUAAUAAAUUAAAAAUAAAUAUGAAAUAAAAUCAAUUUAAAAUGAAUGUUUUUUUAGAAUUCACUCGGCUGUGAAGGAGUUUCGUUGCAGUUCAGACACAUCGUUGGUCAUACUUUGAGGUAAACAUCAUUUAAUUUUACAUUUCCCAUCCAUGUCGAAAUAAUCGAGAAAUCUUUGUAUAACUCAUGGGCUCAUAACUGCUGGGUGCGCUCAUAACUGGAUAGGCUCAUAACUGGCUCAUAAUGAACAUUGCGUAUUUGGAUAAAAUAUUCGCGUGACUCUGCUUGUGACGUUACAUAUCCACAAUAAUCCAAGAUGGCGGACAGUUCACUGAUUUAUGAUGAUUUCAGUCAAAAUAUUUCUAGAACUAAACAACAUUUGAAGAAGUUGUAAAAAAUUUCCCCCCAUAAUUUUUAAAAGUUUAAAUUUUUAUUUCCAUACCCUUUUAAACUACCGCAGGAAAUUUGUUAGAUUGAAGAUUUGCAAAUUGAAAAUUUGAAUGACACUCGUUAGCACACAUGUUCCACUAUGGGCCUAACAACUAAUGGUAGACAGACAUCUUUCCCUGAAUUUAAAAACACGGUCGGCCAGGACGCUAUGUUCACGCACAGAUUUAGCAUAAAAAUACUCAGUUGGUCUCCAAGAGAAUUUUAAUUCCAGGUUGUGCUCUCCGGAGAAGAAAAUUAUUUUCUCCACCUGGCUUAAUCAGCCAAUCAGCGUGGACAAUUAGGCCAAGGCUAGGUUGAUUUAUGAGAUACAUAAAAUUAUGACACAUUUUUCUUAACAUUGUUACAGGAUAUGUUCUCCUGAAAAAAAUUAUGAAUUAUUACACGAAGUGAUUCUUAUCAUUGGAUAUUUUACUGUUCUUAAUCCAGAUAACCAGGUUUGAACGCUCAUGCUAUUUAUACUAUGUGAAAGACUUAUUCAUUUAGUAUGUGUUUACUUGCAAGGAAAAACGAUCUAUUACUUUGUAAGGAAAAAGAAUCAUGGGCAAAUAGAUACAUGUUUUAGGGGAAACACAUUUAUUCAGCUUCAUUACGCUUUUGUCCCCUAUCCCCCAUCCAAUAUUGCUAUUAUUUCCCCCUGCAAGUUGACAGCAUUGUCCAGGAAGUUGGGCUGGGGUAUUUUAUGCUCAUGUAUAUGUACCAAAAUCCGGUAUAGUUAUAAUGGUUCAGAUAAGAUACUUUCGAAAUGGAACCGAUGCUUAGUGACAAAAAGACACAUUCCCUUGUCAAAAUAGAAAUUUUAUAUUGUCUUAGAUUCCAAGGAUAUAGCCGCCUACGUUUGAAUCAGCAUGACAACUCACAUUCUAUAAAAUCUAGUGAAAUUUUGUUGGCAGUUAUGGUUUGUUCACAUGAAAAAAAUCAAUGAUAUUGGGGUGCUGGACACCAGGGCACCUUCCCUCCUAAAAUAAUCUUCCCUCCUAAAAAAUAUACACCCUUCGCGACCGUCACCUAAAUCCGCUCUUGCUUGCAAUGUUUAUUUUUAUAGGUAUUCGUUCAAUCAGGGAGACCACCAACACUACUUCAAAAGUUGUGUUCUCUUCCUUUUCAAUAUUUUAGCAAUCCAAGGUAGGCAACAACACGGUGCAUUAAUGGAUCAUUUGCAUUAUAGACUAAAUUUUGAUCUAGACAAAAAUUUCAUCACAGCUUGAAAGAGCAUCACAAAAUUAGUAAUAUUCCAAAGUUUCGUUGCGAAAUGUUGUAAAAUGCGGAUAAUAUAGCCAUGCGAAGUUUGCCGUUUUUCAGUCAUUUUGUAUUACGCACGGGAAACUGACAGCCCAAUCGGGUGUUGGGGCAUCAAUUUCCCGUUUGUAAUGCAAAAUGACUGAAAAUUGCAAAUUUAUAUUAUCCGCAUUUUACAACAUUUCGCAACGAAACUUAUAACUAAUUUUGUGAUGCUCUUUCAAACUGUGAUGAAAUUUUUGUCUAGAUCAAAAUUUAGUCUAUAAUGCAAAUGGUCCAUUUUGUUUAUUUAAAAUUCAUUCGCCGAAGGCGAGGUUAUUGUCAAGAAUUUUGUCCAAGAUGAUAUCGAACUCAACAUUCCAGACGUCAGGCUGUCGGCCAGACGUCAGACAGUCUGCCAGACGUCAGACAGUCGGCCAGACGUCAGGCGGUCGGCCAGACGUCUGUCAGACAGAUAUUCGGCCUUGGCAGGCAAUUAUAACCAGACAGACAGACAGUCCACCAGACAGCAGUUACAGUAUACAGACAGACAGUACCAGGCAGACAGUCGGCCAGACGUCAGACAUUCGGCCAGGCAGACUGACUAGUCAGUAUGGCAGACAGUCGACCAGAAAGACAGUCGGCCAGGCAGACCAUUUGGAUACGCAGUCGACACUGCGAAUUGGCUGAUUAAAUUCAUUUGCUGAUCACUUUCUCUUUAUACAGAUUGCGAAAUAUAUUAUUCCCUACGCUUAUUUGUUCAUGUUAUCAAAACGAACAAAAUAAGGAUAUUUUGGAACAAGAAGUAAGCUGUGCGUUGUUGAAUAAUUAUUUGGAGGUAUGUUUAUAUUUCCCUAAUCACUAAUGAAUUAAGUUUCUCUUUCAAAAAUAUCUUACUGAAAACCAUCUUAAACUGAAAACUGAUAUUUAUACCAAACAUUAUAUGUAUACUCGAAAAGGGAUAUGACAACUGAAACUUUGCUGGUUUGUCUCAUUUGAAAGAAUGCUUAAAAUUAUAUAUAAAUUCUUUGACUGAUUUUUCGUAUCUUUCUUAUUCUUGGAACAUUUUGAUUGAAAACACUAUCCGCCAUCUUGGAUUAGUCAGUUUUAGUGACGGCGAGCAAGGUUAUCCGUAUAAAACGGCUUCAAGAUGACCACAUAACAAUUGGUAAAUGUUUAUAAUGUUGUCCGUUAUUUGAAAUAGUGACCGAAGUAUAAUGUUGGGCUCAUAGACUAGUGGGACUAUAUAUCUCUUGCAUAUUCACAAUAAUCAAUAAUCCAAGAUGGCGGACAACUGACUAAUUUGUGAUGGUUUUGACAUUUUGUUCAAACUAUUUCAAGAACUAAGCAAUAUUUUAAAAAGCUGUAAAAGGUUCUUCAAAUAGGAUAAACUGAUUUUAUGUUGCCAUAUCUCUUUCACAUAUUUAUACUAAAUAUUAUAUGUACUCUUAAAAUCAUUUUCUAGGAUCAAAGUUUGGAUUUUCAACAGGAAAAACUGGGCAAUGCCAAUAGUUCACAACCAAUCCUCGGUAAGAUUCAUAUAUCCUUGGCUUUUCUGCAACCAUAAAUCUUGCAUAAAUAUAGGCUUUAAAUAUUUAAACGGGCCUCGGGAAUUGAAAAUGAGAAUGUUAAUGUGGAAAUGGAUCUAUUCGUUUGCUUUGCAGAUGAAAUGUCAAGGAGAAUAUUACUACCUCGCCGUUUUCCAGUCAAACAUUGGAAGGAAGCUCAGGAGUUUCUACAGUGUCCUAAGAGAUAA